GCAGCCAUUCCGCGCAGGCGCGGCGCGGGUGGCGGCGGCAAUGGGCGGGCGGCUGACCCGCGUGUUCCGGGCGUUCAACGUGGAGGCCCGGGCCCGCCGCGAGAUCAGCAAGGAGAAGCCCACUCCAGCGCCGCGGCACCCCACCUUUCGGCUGAACGAGCUGGCCGACCAGUCAGAGAUACAAGCAGAAAUUUACAGAAAGGAUGACAGGCUCCUCACUUUCUUAAAAGAUGUUUAUGUCGAGUCCAGAGAUCCACCUGUGCAGGUAAAAGUUGGAGGUGGUGAACAUCUUCCAUGUAAACAGGAGGAAAAGAGACUUGCAAAACUAGGCCACUGCGGAGAUCUAGAUGUUAAGAAAGUUCCCAAAGGCAAAAUUUCUAUUGUGGAGGCUCUGAUGCUUCUCAAUAAUCAUAAACUUCAUCCUCAAACAUGGACUGCAGAGAAAAUAGCAGUGGAAUACAGUCUGGAACUGAAGGAGGUCAACUCUCUUCUGGAAUUCUUCAUUCCUUUCACUGUGCAGGAAUUUCCUAAGGAAUCCAAAAAAGCUAUAAAGCCAACAUAAAAAUAAUUACCAAAACCUUG